CGCCUUUUGUCGUCUGUUUUGUUGUUGUUACUCAUUUGUUGCAAAUAGUUAUUUUUUAGUUCAUCUCCGUAAAACUGCAAAUAACAAUUAAUUAAGGUGGCAUGGACAUGGAUGAGGAGCUCACAUUUCGUGAUUACGCUUCACUUAAGCGUUACAAAUUCAACGAUGAGCGAAUGUCAACAAUCACAUCUCGCGAACAGCAAAAAACCGAGAAUUCCAUUGAAAAAUGUUUCAAUCGCUUUCAACAAAUGCAGUACCUGGAUGCAAAGGUAGCGAAAAUUCAUCGAGAAGAACAUCAACGUUAUUUGGAAUCAAUGCUACGCCGGUUACCCGCAAAUUAUGAGUGCUUGGACAGUAGUCGGCCAUGGAAUGUGUAUUGGAUAUUACAAGCAGCGCACUUACUAAAUUUUACUUUUGACGAAGAUACCCUGGAGCAUGUAGUGCAGUUCCUAACAAAGUGUCGGCAUCCGAAUGGCGGUUUUGCAGGCGGUCCCGGCCAGUAUCCCCAUUUAGCGCCAACUUAUGCCGCUGUGAACAGUCUAUGCAUUAUCGGCACACCGAGUGCGUAUCGUGCCAUCGACCGCGACUCUUUGAUGCAGUUUUUGCUUUCUGUGCGAGAGCCAGAUGGUUCAUUUCGAUUACAUGUGGAUGGUGAGACUGACGUUCGAGGUGCAUAUUGCGCUAUCUCUUGUGCCAAAUUGACCAAUAUGCCUGCAAAAAUGUUGGCGAAAUUAUUCGACAAGACGGGUGAUUGGAUCGCUAGUUGUCAAACAUAUGAGGGUGGCUUUGGAGGAGCACCGGAUCUGGAAGCACAUGGCGGUUACACGUUUUGCGGUAUUGCGGCCUUGGCAAUGUUAAACGAAGGGCACAAAUGUGAUACGCAACAAUUGCUGAAAUGGAAUUUGCAACGCCAAAUGCCAUACGAAGGUGGUUUUCAGGGGCGUACUAAUAAAUUGGUUGAUGGCUGUUAUUCCUUUUGGGUUGGCGCAACAAUACCCAUAACACAAGCCAUAAUAUCCACAGAAGCUGAACCAGUGAAGCACUCUCUUUUCGAUAGCAGUGCGUUACAGGAAUAUAUUUUGCUUUGCUGUCAAAAGGCGAAUGGCGGAUUGAUUGAUAAGCCCGGCAAACCACAAGAUCUUUACCAUACCUGCUAUACACUAAGCGGCGUCUCGAUUGCCCAGCACUCAGAGUCUUCACUCAAUCCUCAAGUGCUAGGAGAUCCUGUAAAUGAGCUCUCACCAACACACCCACUCUUUAAUGUACCACCCCGUGCUGUUGCCUGCUCAUUAGCUCACUUUGAGCAACUAAAUCAGAAAUUCAAUGAAAAUACAAGGGCGUCCAGCACUCAACAUGAUUCGACGCCUAGCGGCGAUGAAGAUAGCAUUGACCGCGAGACAGCAUCGAGUGUAAGUCCUAUGGAAACGGAGGAAGGCAUAAAUGGUACUGAGGAAGAGGAAGCGCCAAUUUCAUCUGUCAGCUCAUCAAUAUCAAAUUGAUUAAAAAUUAGCAAGCAUUCGCCUCAUUACAUAUAUCCGAGAGUCACACUUAAGCAUCUAUUGUAAUGAAAUCUUAGUGAAAAUCAGGCAAUGUGCAAUUUUUCGCUGCUCGAUCGAUGACUUUAAAAAUAUUAUUGCAACACAAAAUUAUGUAAAUUCGUAAAUAAAAAAAUUGAUUCGUAUAAAUUUAAUAAGUGUAAAUUAUAAAAGUACCAUAGAAUGCCUCCCGAUCGCUUAAUGGAAGCAAUUCCAUGAUCUACUCACUCGCUAACUGAGCACUCGAAAAGCGUCCUCUUACUAAUGACUUGUAUAUGUAUUCUCUAAUGCAGUUUUUAAACGUUUGUUAUG